GCUGGGACCGUGCAUCUCCCGCCAGGGAUGCGGUCCCAGGAGGCUGAAACAGAGCACAGCGUGCCUUGGUCCAGGUGUGCCAAGAGCAGGCGGGGCCUUGAGGGAAAACCUAUCAGCUCCCUCGAGUCAGUUCCUCAGGUCAUACCACUUCGAAUCCCUCUUCCAGGGAAGGCUAAACAUGAAAUAGACACAAAUACUCUCGUAGAAAUAAAAUCAGAUACACCUGAAGUCUCUAUUUAUUACACUUUAGAUGGAAGUAAACCAGAACUCAUUAGGAAACCUGGCUAUGGAGAGUGUAACACUUUUAAGUAUAAGGGUCCUAUCAUAUUACCAGUUGGGAAAAUAGUGGUCAAGGCACUAGCAGUUACAAAGGACUGCAGGAAGAGUACAGUCGUAACAAAGGUGUUUCUGGUAGAGUACAAGCAACCAAACAUCCUUUUUUCUGUUGAAGAUGAUGACAAGAAUUUUCUAAAAGAUAUAGCCGCACGGAAUAAGGAAGGUGGAAUGUUUACUACAAAAUCAAGGAAGAAUGGACUGAAUGUGGAAAUCAAGCCCGCCUGGGGUGAAACACCCCAAGACUUUCAAGAAAGAAAGACUUCUCAUAGAUCCCUGCAAGGACCACAGCUCCUUGCCAGUCAUUUGGGAACAACAGAGUACAGAGAAGAAUCUGUCUCAGCACCACCAACAGAAUCAUUACAGUUUGCAAGUUCUUCUGCAGUGACAAACCAGAAAAGCUUAGCAAGCACACAAGUGUCAAGGAUCCAGAGGGAAACAGAUUUCCUUAAAUGUGCACACUGUUUUGCACCUCGCCUGUCUAAUCCGUUGGCUCACUUCUGUCAGAAAUGUGGAUCUCCUAUCCCACCUGUGCCGGCACAUCGCUUCCCACUCCCUGAAGGAAGGCAGAUGGCACCAUGUCUUGAAUGCAGACAUCCUGUGCCAAUGAAUACACCCACUUGCAUUGUAUGUGAGUCACCAAUAGCUCCACAGCUGCAGCCCCAAAACAACACCUGCAUAAAGGCUAAACAAUUACAAGCUCAAUUUGCCUGGCAACCUCAUCCUGUUUCCAUGACCAAAUCAAGGCCAGAACUAACAGAAAGAGAAGAUAAAGGAACCCAAACCAUAGGACUUUUUUACCCGUCUAGCAAACAGUUGGAAAAGAAAGAGCUUGAGCUGAUUUCACAAAAAGAAAAGCUGGAAAAGAUGAGUGAUCAUAAGCCUCUCCUGACAGCCAUUAGUCCUGGAAAAGGUUACUGGAGAAAACAGCUGGAUCAUAUCUGUGCUCACCUUAGAAGCUAUGCUCAGAACAACCUUGAAUUCAGAGCACUGAUUGGAGAACCUCGAAUGGGAAAGAUUAAUUCUGCUACCAUCUGUGAGGAUGACUAUGAAGUCACUAUUACACUGAAUUAUGUUCUUGCUAUUAACAAGGAUAUUCAUACUAAUAAACCAGUGAAGUUCAGCAGUCAUUACCUGAAUACUGUAACAGAAGUCAGAAAUGGACAGGAUAGGAAUCAGACCAGUUUUGGCAAAGAUGAUUGUAAUCUUUUCCAUUCAAGAGGCAAAAUAAAGAGAACAAAGUCAAGAACACUUACAGGACAAGAAGAUAAGCUCUCUCCAGAAUCCAGACAACUACUGGAUGAACUGGGUCCAAAUGGAAAAGGAAGAAUCACCUUUAUAGAACAAUUGCUCAGUGAAGGAGCUGACCCAAACUGCAUCAGCGACGAGGAUCAACCUGCUCUCACAGUUGCUGUCCUUAACAAGCACACAGAAGCAAUCUCCCUCCUUGUGCAGAAAGGUGCCGACAUAGACCAGCAGUCAGGACUGCACAACAACACAGCUCUCCAUGAGGCAGUUCUGCUUGGACUGGAGGGACAGGAGAGCAUCCGAGUCCUGUUACGCUGCAAUGCAAACAUACAAAAGAAGAACGCAGAAGGGCAAUCAGCAUAUGAUUUGGCUGUUACAACUGGAAAUAAUGAGGUUAUUUCAUUGUUCCAAGUAAGGUCGGACAGAGAAGAUUGAACAAACUUAUGAAACUCAGGAGCACUGGUGUUGUCAACGUGUUACUACAACAACCUUUUUCCCAAAAUAGAGCUGGAGGUUCCUUGACUUUGGGAGCAUGUAAUCACGUGUUCAGUUCUGUCGCAAAAUUCACAACCCCGUACGAUCAGAUUGGGCCCUGUAACAGUCAAAUAUUUUCUCCAAGAUUCCCCCCAUUCCUUUCCAGCAGGUCAGAGCAGUUUCUGACUGACUGCACUCUGUUUUGCAAAUUUCUUUUCCUUUCCAAACUUGUGCAAGGAAGGGGACAAACCAAACCUUCCCAGGCACAAAUAAAUUUGAAUGUCUUUGAAAUGUCUUUAAUGCCUAAUGAAUGCUGCUUAAAAAAGUUUGACACUUGGGCAACAGCACUGAGGCUGAUGAUCUUAUUUUCCCUUUUGAUGUUAAAACUGCAUUCAGUGCAGCCCAUUGCAUUGAAGGUCAGAUUCCUUUCCUCCAGAAAAUCGAGUAAAACUACUUUGAAUUAUA